CACGUUUAGCUGGAAGGCGCCUAAUGUUCCCGGAACAUUUUUAACUUGAUAAGCCUUCCGGUCUGUCACGUUGUACACUUGUAUGCUUUUGAUUAUAAGUGACAAUAAAACUAAUUCACUCAUUUUAUAGAAUAAUUAAAAUUCGCGAGAGGCCGUGAAGGCACAAAUUUAUUCCACCAUUUUCGGCUGGAGGGCGCCUAAUGUUCCCGGAACAUUUUUAACUUGAUAAGCCUUCCGCUCUGUCAUGUUGCAUGGCUCUUCCGUCUGAGGAAUCCCCGUAGCAACCGGACCUAAACGAGUCCAGCAGUUGCUUCCAGAUGGUGCUCCGGUCCUACGAUCAUAGUUUCGAAAGCGGGAGGAAUGUUUGCUGUUCGGCCUGCCCACGGUGUUAAUGGCGGACUUCAUAUCCCAGAAGGCAGUGCGAUGGAGAAUUGGCCCUCUGGCUGUGGCGCAUGCGCACACUCCAUUCACGAACCAGCCUCCACCUGACUGUGGAAGGGAACCUCUUCUGUAAAUUGUACAUCCUCCUGAAUCUUCAGCCGGGCAAUCUCACAUCUCUCUGUGUCUCGUCUGGAUGAUGGAAGACCCAGGAAAGCAAUGAAUCCUGCUCCAAAAAAAAAACUCAAUUUUAAAAUCUGUGAUCAGAGAUGAUGGGAACUGCAGGUGCUGGAGAACCCAACAUAACAAAGUGUGGAGCUGGCGUUUCGGGCCUAGACCCUUCAUCAGAGAGGCUGAAGAUGUGGCUUCCGGUUCUGGCUGCAAUCUUGGUGCCUGUCUGCACUGCCCUGGCGAACCGAUGCCACCACCGGCUGAUCCGCUUCUACCGUCAGCGAUUCCUGGGCUGGUUUAAGACCUGCCUGACCGGAAUGUCCCCGGAAGAACGGGCGUUCCGUUACGUUUUGACCAACUCGACACACGGGAAGCCCGAGAGUGUACUAAGCACAUUGGACGAGUGGUGUGGCAAAUACGAGCGUGUGACAAGCACCGGCCCCGCCAAAGGUCAGAUCCUCGAAUCAGUGGUACAGCGCAGUGGCCCGGUCAGGGCUCUUGAGCUGGGAACAAAUUGUGGUUACUCAGCCAUUCGCAUUGCGAGGCUACUGCAGCCCGGAGCAAAGCUGUACACAUUGGAGCAAGAUCCCAAAACUGCUGAAGUGGCUGAGGAAAUGAUGUUGGUGGCAGGACUGAAACACACACAGUUCCAAGUGAUCACCGGAUCUCUUUCUGAGGCCAUUCCUCGAUUCAAGAAAUCGCUUGGGGUGGGGACGUUCGAUUUUGUGUUUCUGAACCAGGGGCAAGGUACAGACUAUUUGAAGGACUUGUGUCAGCUGGAGGAGGAGAGACUGCUGUCAAAAGGCUCGGUGAUCCUGGCCAACAGUGUAACUCACUCAGGGGCAGCUGGAUUCCUCAGCACGGUCCGUGGUGACCCUCAUUAUCGCACCUCAUUCCACCCCUGUACAGCUCCUUACGAGAAGGACAUCACAGAUGGCAUGGAAGAGUUGGUUUUCCUCAAGGACGAUGGAAAAAGAAAUUAAGUUGUACCUCACAUCUCUCCUGGAGCUAGAGAAAAGUGGUCAGUAUGUUUUCAUUGAGCAAUUUUCUUCAUUCUCAGA